AUGGCCGCCCCAUUAAAGCCGUGGGAGCGAGGGGUAGGCCAAAACAAUCGCGGAUUUGGCAACGUUUCACCGUACAAUGACACUGGGUUUCCAGUCAAUCAGCACACAACAACAAAUCCCAUACCUGGUUCAUCCAGUGGACCCUCCUUGUCUCGAGCCCCGCCCCCUCUCCCUACACGCCCAUCGCAGCAGGGGUCGACAUUCGGAUCUCCAGUCAAUCGUUACGGUGGCUAUGGUGGCGGGUAUGGGGGUGGGUAUGGGGGUGGUGGGUAUGGGGGCUUCGGAAGUAGCAUGGGGGGUUACGGAACUGGAUCAUAUGGGGGUAUGUACGGAGGAGGAGGGAGUAUGUAUGGUGGUGGAAUGUAUGGAGGGAGUGCUUUUGGACAGGGGCAGUUUGGCCCAAAUGCAGACGGCAGCUACAACCGUUUUCUCCGACAAGCUGAGGAAAACAGCAGACCGGCAUUUCAGUCAAUUGAGAGUAUCGUCCAGGCGUUUGGCUCAAUCAGCAUGAUGAUGGAGUCGACAUUUCAAACUGUGUAUAACAGCUUCCGCGCUGUUAUUGGUGUUGCCGAUCACUUCUCCCGCCUUAAGGUCCAUCUUGCGCACAUCUUUACGGCGUUGGCCCUGUUUAGAACGAUCCGCUAUGCGUAUCGCCGCAUCUUAGCCUUCCUUGGAUUGAGGAGUAAGGAGUACGCGGAGGAGCUCUGGAAGGAGGCUCAGAGCGGAGGAGGCAAGAUUGAGGCAUUGGGAGGAAAGAAGAAACAAGAUGCACCGUCUUGGCCGAUCUUCAUGUUCUUUGCUGUUGUCGUUGGAGGACCGUACAUUAUCUGGAAGCUACUUUGUUCUACAGAAGAGUCUGAACAAGAGCAAGCAGGAUGGGCCAGUGGCGAGGAGGAUCAUGUUGUAGCUAGAGCAGAGUUUGAUCUUGAAGCAGAAGGAAACAACGAGUUAUCAUUCAAGGCUGGUGCUAUGCUCAACCUGGCGCCCAAAGAACUCCAACCUAAAGUACGAGGAUGGGUUCUAGCAAGUGUCAACGGUCAAAGCACAGGUCUGGUUCCUGCAAACUACAUCAAGAUCCUGGGUAAGCGACGUGGAAAGAAAAGCACCACACUACUAACGGAGACUCCACAGCCGAAAGACCAGAAAUCCAAAUUAGAAACAAUCCCUGAAACUUCCAAGGAGGUUCUUGCCACGGAAACAAUGAGCCAGUCUGGUGGCCCGGCAGUUCCUACAUCAAGCAGUCAAGUCAAUCUUGAAGCUUUUGAUUCUGCGUUUGAGGAUUCACCUGGCGUACAUCAGACAGUAGAGGGUGGUAUGCAAGCCAGUAUGGAGAAUGAGUGGUCGGCAUGGGAGAAGGAGAGUGCACGGGAGGGGAGUGGAACCAUGGACAGUCAGAAUGAGAAUGAAGCCAACGAGUGAAGAAAUUUAUAAGUAAAACUGAUAAUUGUUUAAAUAAUUGUAACCUCCGGAAUAAUUUGUCAGCGCUCUACAGACUGAAUCAUCUAGCCCUAUUGUUAUUUUGUCAAUAGUUUUGUAAUUUAUUUCUGAAAAACUAUACAGUUUUCAUAAAUUUCUUUAAAAGAAUUGGCUAAAUCAUCACAAAGCUAUGUGUAUUGACUUUUUUGUCCUUUUUAAAAAUGGUAUUUUUUGAAGGGUUUCCUCUGUUUUUGGUGGCACAAAUCACAAUGUCCACAUAUUUACAUUAAACUUUAAGAUAAUGGUAGUAGAAAGUUUCCCUGUAUAUUUUACUUGCUGAGUGCUGUAAUUUUGAGAAAUGAGUAAAAUAAUGUUACAAAAUUUGUUUUGUCUCGGUGAGACGAAAAAUAUUUUAGCAUGUUCAAACGUAUUAUCCAAUACAAGUAAAUACGUUUUGUGCAUGAUACAAUAAUUUUUGUCUCACUGAGACGAGGGUUAUUUUGUAUUUUGUGUCAUACAAUAAAAGUUCUUAAUAAUAAGAAUUACAAAGGGCAAAUCAGAAUUAAAAUCUGGAAUCCCAAAUGAAUAGAGUUGGAUUCUUCCUAGCCAAAUAUUCUGAGGUACACAGUUUAUAAUGAGUAUUGCUUUAUAAGAGAUGUUAAAUUUGCAUCGGGGAUAAAGAAUAUUAAUUGGUUUUUACCCAUACAUCGAUGUGUGUUAGCA